AUUUUCAGAAGGGCCAAGCCCGCCUUACCCUCAUACUUCGGUCCAUAUAUAUAAUUCCUCUAUUUCUUAAUUUCCCUUUACCUACACAGAAAACCCUAGCCCCCAUUUGUAUCUUUGAAUUUAGGAGAUGGCGAAGUCAAAGAAUCACACAGCUCACAACCAAUCUUACAAGGCACACAAGAACGGCAUCAAAAAGCCAAAGAGGCACCGUCAUACUUCCACCAAAGGGAUGGAUCCUAAGUUUCUGAGGAACCAGAGGUAUGCAAGGAAGCACAACAAGAAAAAUGGUGAAAUCGCCACCGAAGAAGAGUAAACUGUCGAUCUUAAUGCGGCUUUUAGGAUUCUCAUAUAUGUUUUUUGUCAAAGUUAUCUUUAAUUUGAUGGAUUAUUUAAUUUAGCGAAAUCUAUUAAUCUGUUAGCACUUUUGCUGAUUUUUGUCUUAGACGCUUGAAUUUUGAUCCCGAAUGUUUAGUAACUGCUAUAGUAAUCUUCAACGUUUAUGCCAGAAUUCAGAUAAUCAAUUCUGUUGUUUUUAAUAUUGAAAUUCAGCUGUAUGCUUAAUUUA